AUGAAGAAUGAUGAAGAGGCGAAGAGAUGAUUAGUUUUGAUCUAUAAAAACGUCCUGUUACUUGUUAGCAAUGCCAUUGACACAAGUAAGUUGGUGGGUUGAUAGCCAACUGAACUUGCCGUUUGUUGGAAUCACCCACUGGUGGAGAUCUAUUUAUGGUGUUCACGCCUGCUCAAGCAAUUCAUUCAUCAACAAGGCCUCCUGCUUGAACAUAUCGAAAGAUGAAGAGGAUAAAACCGUUGGGCUCUGUAGAUCCCUUUUCCUCUUCUGUAAUGGAGUAUUUGGUGGCUAUGUUGGUUUUCAUUGGCCUGGUUUUGAAUGGAGCAGUAGUUGUGGACUCUGCCCCUCUUUUCCCCUGUGAUCCUAGUAGUGGGCUGAGCUUGUUUCCCUUCUGUAGCACUUCUCUGCCUGUUGGGCAGAGAGCGCAGGAUCUCAUUGGGCGCCUCACAUUGACGGAGAAAGUUGGGCAGCUUGUGAAUGCAGCUAGUGCUAUUCCAAGGCUGGGUAUUCCAGCUUACAAUUGGUGGUCUGAAGCCUUGCAUGGAGUGUCAAAUGUAGGCCCAGGGACUCGAUUUGGGGGCAGCGUUCCAGGGGCUACCAGUUUUCCCCAAGUCAUUCUUACUGCUGCUUCCUUCAAUACUACUCUCUGGGAAGCCAUUGGUCGGGUGGUGUCGACAGAAGCGCGGGCGAUGUAUAAUGUGGGGCUGGCAGGGCUAACAUACUGGAGCCCCAACGUAAACAUAUUCCGGGACCCCAGAUGGGGAAGAGGGCAGGAGACUCCGGGAGAGGAUCCCGUGGUGGCCAGCAAAUAUGCUUCACACUACGUCAGGGGAUUGCAGGAAACAGACGGUGCAGACCCCAACAGACUCAAGGUCGCCGCCUGCUGUAAGCACUAUACCGCCUAUGACGUGGACAAUUGGAACGGAGUUCAACGUUAUACGUUCGACGCCCAGGUUACAAAGCAAGAUUUGGAGGACACAUUUAAUCCGCCAUUCAAGAGCUGCGUGUCGGAUGGCAAAGUAGCGAGUGUGAUGUGCUCUUACAACAAAGUAAACGGCAUCCCAACCUGCGCCGACAAAAAUCUCCUCUCUGGGACUGUGAGGGGCGACUGGAAUUUGAACGGGUACAUAGUCUCCGACUGCGAUUCCGUUGAUGUAUUAUACAAUCAACAGCACUAUACAGCCAGCCCUGAAGAUGCAGUUGCUGACACCAUUAAAGCAGGUUUGGAUCUGGACUGUGGAUCCUUCCUUGGGGACCACACAGAAGCAGCUGUGAAAGCAGGGAAAGUGGACGAGUCCCUGGUUGAUAAAGCUUUGGUUAACACCUUUACAACAUUGAUGAGGCUUGGCUGGUUUGAUGGGGAUCCCACCAAGCAGCCAUAUGGAAACCUGGGACCGAAAGAUGUGUGUACUGCGGAGCAUCAAGAACUAGCUCUAGAUGCCGCCAGGCAAGGGAUAGUGCUUCUCAAGAAUAAGGGUGCAUUACCACUAGCCGCAAACAAGAUUAAGUCCUUGGCUGUCAUUGGGCCCAAUGCAAAUGGUACCAGGGUCAUGAUUGGCAACUAUGAAGGUAUUCCGUGCAAGUAUACAUCACCCCUUGAUGGCCUCUCCAAAUACGCACAAACUCAAUUUACCCCAGGUUGCUCGAACGUGGCAUGUACUGGGAAUGAUUUGUUGGCCGGGGCAGUCAAUACAGCAAAAGCGGCAGAUGCCACAGUGUUGAUAGUAGGCGGUGACCUGUCAUUGGAGGCCGAGGGGCUGGACAGAACAAGUUUGUUGAUGCCUGGUUACCAACAGCAGCUGGUAUCCCAGGUUGCAAGUGCAUCAAAGGGUCCCGUAGUGCUUGUCAUUAUGUCAGGCGGUCCUUUCGAUAUAACAUUUGCAAAGGAUGAUGAUAAAAUUGCAGGCAUUCUUUGGGUGGGUUAUCCAGGACAAGCAGGAGGAGCAGCCAUUGCAGAUGUAAUUUUUGGACAAUAUAAUCCAGGUGGGAGAUUGCCUGUAACUUGGUACCCACAAGAGUUUGUUAAAGUUGCCAUGACUGACAUGAACAUGAGGCCAGAUGCAUCCAAAGGAUAUCCUGGCCGAACUUACAGAUUCUACGAGGGUAAAACUGUUUAUAUGUUUGGGGAUGGUCUGAGUUACACAAACUUCAAACACACUCUAGUUCAGGCACCUAAGCUGCUUACUCUUCCCAUGGGUGGUAAACAUGCAUGCUUCCAUGGAAGCUCCAAUUCUUCUUGUAAAGCUGUCAGAAUAACACACACUAAAUGUCAGAACUUGCUCAUGGAGGUGCAUGUUGAUGUGAAGAAUGUUGGCCCUAGAGAUGGAAGCCAUGUGUUAUUCUUAUUUUCUACACCACCGUACAAAUACAAUGCUCCUAAGAAGCAAUUGCUUGGAUUCAGAAAGAUUCAUGUCCCAACAGGAGUCAAGAGAAGAGUCCAUUUCAAUGUUGAUGUAUGCAAGGAGCUCAGUGUUGUUGAUAAAAAUGGCACUAGAAAGCUGCCAGUGGGUUCUCAUCUUCUUCACAUAGGUGAUUUGCAACACUCUGUCGAUCUUAAAAUAACUAGCUAAGCUAAUUCUCCUCAAUUAUGUCCUGUUUCCGCAAGGAACUCAGAAGUUUCCAUGACUAUUUAGUUGUCACUCAGUUAGGCUUUUAAUUAUAUUCCUUACAGUGAUAUUGUUUCUCAUAGCUACAGGGUAUUUUGCCUGUAACACUAGUCUUCUCAUGAUGUAUUCUUGUGAGGAGGUAUUAAAUUCAAUCAAAAGAUUGGCCUCCUCAGCUCUUGGUAUAUUGAUUGCUUACUUAGCAUUUUCCCUUGAUUGCCAUUUUAUGGCUUGAUUUUUUAUCACUGAAUAAAAAUUACAUUUUUUUGUUAAAA